AGUUGGAAAAAAUGCAAAAAAAAUUUCUUGAUGAGUGAGUCUCAAAGCAAGUAACUUCUCUUCUCCUAUUCUCCGAGCGUGAAAUCAAAUUGGCGCCGAUAGAGAGUUACCGCAAAUGUCAGGACGCAACCACCACCACCAUCUCCACUCUUCUCUCCCUCGCCGCGACGAGCCUCGCCUCUCUCAUUCCCUCCCGGUCGCCGCCCUCGAAGACCGCAUCAACGCCCGCCACCGGGAACUCCACUCCCUCCUCCUCGAAAACCAGCGUCUCGCCGCCACUCACCUCGCCCUAAAACAGGACCUAUCCGCCACACAACUAGAACUCCGUCAGCUAUCCGUUGCUGCCGCCGAUGUUAAAGCCGAACGAGACGCGGAGGUGCGACGGAUCUAUGAGAAGUCGUUGAAAAUGGACGCCGAGGUACGCGCUGUCGCUGCCAUGAAGUCUGACCUUGAUCAGGUGAGGAGUGAUGUGCGUGAGUUUGUGGCAGAGAGGAAGGAGCUCGCGUCGCAAUUGCAGGCUAUUCAGAGUGAACUCGAUUCGGCUCGUGAGGAUUCGAAGUCCUUGCCGGCUAUCAAAGGUGAUAUUGAAGCGUUGCGCCAUGAGAUUCAACGAGGAAGGAAUGCCAUUGAAUUUGAGAAGAAGACACAUGCCAAUAACCUAGAGCAAAAACGAGUAAUGGACAACAAUAUGAUCAUUAUGACCCGUGAGGUUGAAAAAUUACGUGCUGAGCUGGCUAAUGCUGAAAAGAGAGCAAGGGCUGCCAUUGUCGCUGCUGCAAACCCAAGCCCGGUAUAUCAUGCAAACAAUGCUGAUAUGGGGUUUGUUGGAAUCACAUACCCUCCUGAUACAUAUAGCAUGCAUCAGAUUCAUGCUGGGAUUGAAGGUCAUCCACAAUAUGCAUAUGGGGCGACAUUACAUCAUCCCUAGUAUAUCAGCAGACACAAGGGCCAAAAUAGUUUUCAGCUAUACUAAUUUAUGAAAGUGAAAGGAAAAAAUUUAACAAUGUAGCAAAUAAAAAACAUUCCCCCCUGAAAUUAUUGGUUCAAUAACUGCUUAUAGCUUUGCUGAUAUCUGAAAAUGAUGUGUAUAUAUUCUUAAUUUUGUAUGAGAAACAUGUGAAGUAGAUAUGAUAAAGCCAACAACAUUUAUUUGUUCAUCUAA